ACGUGUCAUGUUGCUUUCAGUCGUAUGGAAAACAAAAUGCGGCCACUUAUUGAAUUGAUUUCCGGAUUUGGGUUCAUUUUGUUGCGCCGAAUUGUUGAGGCAGAACAUUUUUUAGGAUCCGUACCAUCAAAAAGUUAAUCGUCAUUUACAUCUAAUAUUUCCCUAACGCACGUAAACGCGUCAUGAGCGCAGUACCAGCUCAGGCAGAACCAGAGGAAAUUUCAGGUUCGGUUCUGCUGAAAUCUUUGUGUUUAUCAGAUGAGGAUGAGGAGCAGAAAGAGAUGCAGAUGUUUUCCGCUUUCUCUGGAUGGAGAAACCUGUGAUGUUUACAGGCUGACAUGGCCGACGCCAAAUCCUCAGUGAUGUAGAAAAACCAGAGAGAGAGAAAAACAGGUCAGAGUUCGUCCAGCUGACUGAAGAUGCAGCAGAGCUGAGAAGAUGCUGAGGAAGCUGGUGAUGAUGAGGAGGCUCCUCCAUGUGAAGGGAGAUGUAAAGUGCACACUCGUCCUCCUGGUGGCGCUGUGUUUUCUGCUCUACGCUCGUCAGGUCGUCCUCUCCGCCGCGUGGAGCCGAUCCGUCUGGAAGGUGCAGAUCCACGGAUCCACCAGCUCCACUCGCUCCCUGCUGGGAUCCAGUUCACACACUGGGAGGAAGGAGGCGCUGCAGCCCCCACUUCAGCCACAGCUGCCUUCCCGUAAACCGCGACUCAAGUCCAAACCUUCCCAGUCCAAAUCCAGCCCUCAGAUCAGAUCCAGGUCACGAAAGAAGGUCAUUCCGACCGCGGCUGCUGGAAAAUGGCUGCCGACGCUGCCGUUUGACUUUGAGAGGUAUCUGAGAGAAAAGGACAAAAGGAACUUUAAUCUGCUCGUCGACCAGCCUGAGAAAUGUCGCAUCAGAGGAGAAGAGGAAGAAGGAGGAGGAAGAGGAGGCGCUGUUUCGGCUCCCUACCUGCUCAUUGCUGUGAAAUCUACAGCUGCAGAUUUUGACAAGCGGCAGGUUGUGCGUCGGACCUGGGGGAGGGAGGGGACGCUCCACCCUGGCCGGUCCAUUCGCACCGUGUUCCUGCUGGGGAUUCCCAGGAAUGGCUCCUCCCUGCCGCUGUGGGAUCGGCUGCUGGCCUACGAGAGCCAGGCCUUCCAGGACGUCCUGCUCUGGGACUUUGAAGACACCUUCUUUAACCUGACUCUGAAGGAAACACAUUUUCUGGAAUGGGUCAACAGCAGCUGUCCUCAUGUGAAGUUCAUCUUCAAAGGCGACGCUGACGUCUACGUGAACGUGGAAAACAUCCUGGAGAUGCUCCUAGACCGAGAGCCGGAGAAGGAUUUGUUCGUGGGGGACAUAAUCGUGAACGCCAAACCAAUCCGCCGUCGCACUUCCAAGUACUACGUUCCGGAGUUUGUGUACGGAGUCGGUCUGUACCCCAGUUACGCUGGAGGAGGAGGGUUUGUGAUGUCGGGACACACGGCUCGAAGGCUGAGCUCCGCCUGUCAGCAGGUGGAGCUGUUCCCCAUUGAUGACGUCUUUCUCGGAAUGUGCCUCCAGCUGAUCGGCGUCAAACCUUUACGCCAUCAGGGGUUUCGCACCUUCGGGAUUCCCCGACCGUCUGCGGCGCCACACCUCCAGACGUUCGACCCCUGCUUUUACCGGGAGCUCAUGGUUGUUCACAGCCUCAGCGUCCCGCAGAUCUGGCUCAUGUGGAGCCUGCUUCACGACCCCAAGCUGAGCUGCCACUACAGAACCGGCCAGACGUCUGGACCCUUUAAAUGGAGAGGGAGGGUUGGAGAGUUGGCAGCAGAUGAGGCGGAUUACGGCGAGAAGCCGGUGUUUCUCACGCAUUAGUUCCUGCCAGGCGGGCAGAGCUGGAGCUGCUGGUUUCGUGCAGCAUUUGAGGACAGUAGGAAACGAUUUUAUCCAACCAAGCUGACGGUUUACCUGCCAGGAAAUGAAAAUGCAAAGGGGGAAAUCUGUCCCAGCUGACUCUGCAGUGAAACUCCAGGAAUGUAUUGUGACUGUGACCUUUGGGGCCGAACUGUCCCCAACUUAUUUAUCCACUACCAGAGGGAAAGUCUUGGAUAUGCAGAUAAGUUUAUGAAAAGUGAAGGUUUUUUUUUUGUACCACUGAAUUUGUAAAGCUGCUGUCACACUGUUUCCAUUACAAAUGGGCCAAA